GCUCCAAACACAAUGCACUCGAUGUGCCCUCCAGAAACAGCUGGCUAAACGCUCCCUGUUCACAGCGUCCUACAACAGCCAAAGCGCUCUAUCUUCCCCGACUCUCACGGCAAGGCCUUGCCAGCCCGCGCUCUGCGUCCCACGGCCUGGCUCGCGUCCCAGCAAACAGGCGCGGUGGCCCGCCCGGCCGCGGUCAAGGUCUGGGUCCCGGUCUCGGCCGUGCCUGCGCCGCGCUCACCUUGCUCAGCUGCUGGUGGAUGAGCUGCUUCAGCUCGGAGGCUUUCUCCGGGGGCAGCGACAUGCCGGCGGCCGGCGCCUCCCCGCCGCCUCGGACGCCCUACCCGCGCGGCGCGCCCCAGCCCGGCCAGGAGCGUUAGUCGCGGCUGGCGCACAAAGCGGCGCGGCCGCUGGUCUCGCGCAGCUCCCGGGGGGGCGCGACGCCGCGUCAGACCCAGGGCUGGGCGGGAACCGAGGCCGCGGUGGCGGCGGUGCCAACUGCUUUCAAACGGUGGCGGACAAACUGGCUUCGGGGCUGUCUCCCGCGCCGCCUGAUCGUCGCCGCCUGCCGCCCACCCCCGCGAGGGCCCCGCGCCCCGCGACCGCAGCGCCCCCGUCGCCUUGCUCUUCCAGGGUCUCCGAACACACUACUCGCUCACGGUCCCUGGCCCCCCGCCGCCUCUUCCAGCCCUCCAGACCGGCAGGUGACUGGACGGGCCUUCGGGAAUCGGCGCCGAGGGACUCGAAGGACCCCGCCCGCGGCGCGCGGGGCUGCGCCGAGCUCGGGGUUCCGCCUUCCCGCGGCCUGCGUUCUUUCCAGGCGGCGCUUAGCUCUUCCUCCCGCACCACCGUGACAAUGUUUGUUCCCUGCGGGGACUCGGCCCCCGACCUCACCGGCUUCACCCUCCUGAUGCCAGCAGUAUCUGUUGGAAAUGUUGGCCAGCUUGCGAUAGAUCUGAUUAUUUCUACACUGAAUAUGUCUAAGAUUGGUUACUUCUAUACCGAUUGUCUUGUGCCAAUGGUUGGAAACAAUCCAUAUGCAACUGCAGAAGAAAAUUCAACAGAACUCAGUAUAAAUGCUGAAGUAUAUUCAUUGCCUUCAAGGAAGCUAGUGGCUCUUCAGUUAAGAUCCAUUUUUAUUAAGUAUAAAUCAAAGUCAUUCUGUGAAAAACUACUUUCCUGGGUGAAAAAUACUAGCUGUGCCAGAGUUAUUGUUCUUUCAAGCAGUCAUUCAUAUCACCGUAAUGAUCUACAGCUUCGUAGUACUCCCUUCCGGUACCUACUUACACCUUCCAUGCAAAAAAGUGUUCAAAAUAAAAUAAAGAGCCUUAACUGGGAAGAAAUGGAAAAAAGCCCACGCAUUCCUGAAAUAGAUGAUUCUGAGUUAUGUAUUCGUAUUCCAGGAGGAGGUAUCACAAAAGCACUCUAUGAUGAAAGCUGUUCUAAAGAAAUCCAAAUGGCAGUUCUGCUGAAAUUUGUUUCAGAAGGGGACAAUAUCCCAGAUGCAGUAGGUCUUGUUGAGUAUCUUAAUGAAUGGCUUCAGAUCAUCAAACCACGUUUACAGAGUGAUGACCCCACAGCAUCUUCCUUGCCAUGGAAAAUACCAAGUUCUUGGAGAUUACUCUUCGGCAGUGGUCUUCCCCCUGCCCUUUUUUGAUCUGUUUUCAGUUUGUGUCUUAUAUCCCAAGACACUUACUACUAACACAACUGUUAAACAUGCUGUACAAAAAUGUGUUUUAUCUGAGAAUGCAUUAGGUAAUAUUUACUUUUCUCAGAAAAUCUGGAAGAAAAAAGGAUUAACGAAAGGUCUUUUUGCCGUGCUUUUCGUCAUAUACAACAAAUGUAAAUCUUGUACAAUAAAAUUUUAUUUCCUAAGUAA